AUUCGCAUAGUGAAGCAAAAAAUGUUUUGAAAACAAAUAAUCCUCUUAAAAUUCCCCAAAAAUAAGCUACUAAUCCUCAAGAAACCGUACUUUAGUCAUCACGAACAUCACUGCAUGCGGCUUUCCUCUGCGUAUCCGCAAUCUUCCAAGGAGUUCCAACGAAAAGAGCAGAGUUUUUAGUGCAAUCGCGAAAAGGCAACCAAUUCUAAAGUAUUUCGAGUCUAGUUGAGAAACCGGGUAUUUGUUGGCUUCCUGAACUUCCUGAAAUUGGUGAGAGUGGCCAAGCCGAAAUUCCUGCGCAAUCAUGGACGAUCUUUCUGAUUCGUCGGACGUUUUCAUCAAACUCGAGCCCGGCGACUUUUCCGAGACGGACACAGUGGACCAGGAGCCGCCGAGGAAAAAGAGAACCGAUUGGGAUCACCACAACACAUCUCUCUUGCUCAAGUUCUGGCGAAGAAACCUGCCGACGCUGCGCAGAGAGAAGCGUCACUCGAAGACCAUGGAGGAGAUCCGGGAGGCGCUCUGCAGAUACGGCGUGCGGAAGACAUCGGCAGAAAUCAAGUCCAAGAUGAAGAACUUGCAGUCCAAGUACAGAACUGAGAAGAGCAGGAUGAAGGAGAACCCAAAGUACAGAACCACUUGGGUAUUCUACAAUGACAUGCACUCUAUGCUGCUCAAUAAUCCCAUGUCCAACGAUCCCUUGAAGACUGAGGACGCCGAGUUCGCCAACAAUGUGGAGUCCAACUCCAAUCACAGCAUCGUGUCAGUCGAGCCGCCGGAUGCACCGAAGAGCCUGAAAGACGAGCGCCCGCCCACACCACCCACACCGCCGGCGCCCAAGCGACCAGACGGCCGCAAGCUGAUCUCGAUCCACGAGGAUCUGCUGGAGGAGAUCCGGCGCGCGAACGCCGUGAGCGAACGCAACGACGAGCGCGUGAAUGAACUGCUGUACGAGGCCAACGAGAUCGCAAAGGAGCAGCUGCGGCUCACGAAGGAGUUCUUGGACAAACUAGUGCAAUAGAAAGGAUUACUGGCAGCUCAUCAGGGCGUUUGCAAUCUCGUCCCUAAUCCGCAUGCCCAUGCCGUCCUCGUCCAUCGGCACGAGCGGCGGCACUGGGGU